AUGUGGUACGACCCGCAAAACGCAGUGCUGCACUUGCAGGAUGACCAGGGCUCACCAGUGCCACCUGUGUGCGGCCCGCCAACUGGCAGUAAACACACAGCACAGGUGCCUGGCCAAGGGGACCCAGCCGCUACUUCCGUGCAAAUGGUGGCUGGCGGCCAGGACUGCCCCGGCGUCCUGGAUGAUGACCAGCAGCAGCAGAAGCAGCACAAGUGCGCGGUGUGUGGAGACAAGUCAAAUGGUAAGCACUAUGGCCAGUUCACAUGCGAGAGCUGCAGGAGUUUCUUCAAGCGAGCUGGGAAGAAUGUGAGCUACAUGUGCCAUGCCAACCAGAACUGUCCCAUUGACCACCACCUCCGCAAGCGGUGCCAGUACUGCCGCCUCAAAAAAUGCCUCAGUGUGGGCAUGAGACGGGAGACGAAUCAGAGGAACAGGAUGAUGCCCACCCAGCCAACCAAAGGGGCCUCCCUCAACAGCCACUUGGAAUGGGCCAGACAUAUUACUCUGCUGCUGCAUGCCGAGCCGUUUACCAAGGUGCAAUUCAGCCAGAGCACACAGUCCAUCAACUUACAGGAUACCGACAACAUCUGCGAACUAGCCUCCAGGGUGCUCUUCAGUGCCAUCGACUGGGCCCAGAAGAUACCUUUCUUCCCAGACCUGCCGAUCAAUGACCGGGUGGCCCUGCUUUGCCUCACGUGGAGCGAGCUGUUCAUUCUGAAUUCGGCACAGUUUUCCCUUCCGCUUGACGCCACACCGCUCCUGAUCAACACCAGCCUACAAGUCUGGCCCACGUCCGAUAGCCAAGUGGUCACCUUUAAGGAUGGCGUACGAAACUACCAGAAGCAAGUGAAGAAGCUCGAAGCACUGCAAGUCGAUUCUGUUGAGUACAGCUGCCUCAAGGCCAUGGUCCUCUUCACCUCAGAUGCUGGGAGUCUCUCUGAUGCAGCCCAUGUGGAAAGCUUGCAGGAUAAGUUCCAGGGUGCUUUGCAAGUAUACAUUGAAAAUCAGUACCCUCUUCAGCCAAUGCGAUUUGGAAAGCUUUUGCUUUGCCUUCCUUCCCUCCGCAUGGUCUCAUCCUCAGUCAUCGAGAAGUUGUUCUUUAUUCAUUUGGUAGGUAAAAUCCCCAUUAAAACCCUUAUCCAGAAUAUGUUACUGUCCGGCCUCCCGUUAACUAGCCAUAUACAGGAAUUCAGUAAUCAAAGUGAAGAAGUUGGGGUUGGGGAACAGAAAAAAGACUGA